UAACAUUGCAGUUAGGAACAUGUGCUACUUAGGUUUACGUUUCUAAAUUGUGCGACUUCUACGAUUGCAAUUGUUUUCUCUUUUCUAUUAUUAUUGUUCGUCUGGAAAUUUAGUAAUGAGCACCCGAAAAGGAGCAACGACCCGUGCGCGUCCACAGAGGCAUCAAAAUAGGACAGCGUUUAAAAAUGAUUUACACGACAAAACCCCGAAGAUGAAAAUGAUCAACAACCUCCACGUCUGUGAGGUUUGUGAGCGAUGUAAAGCCCAGAUCGAAUGGAAAAUUAAAUACAAAAAGUAUAAACCGCUCACGCAACCGAAAACCUGUGCCCGCUGCCAACAAAAAACCGUGAAAAAGGCUUAUCAUGUGAUUUGCCGUGAAUGCUCACAAAAGGAUCGGGUUUGUGCAAAAUGUUUGAAAUCAGCCGAUGAAGUAACGAUUGAGCCACCCCGGCCGUCAGAGGAGGAGCAACUCCAGCUCCAGGUGGAGAUGGAUCGCCUGAUCAAAUCCCUGUCGGAGAGAAAGCGCCGGACAUUCUUGCGGUACAUGCGGAAAGGAAAAGAGGCGGAGCCAUCGGAAGAGGGUGAAAGUAAAGUUGAGAACGGCGACGAACCUGACAAGAAGGAGAAACCAGAUAGGGUGCCUCACACGAGGGAGGAUCUUCUGAAGAAAAUUGAAGAAUUGAAGCUGGACGAAGACGACGAGGACGGUGAUUUCAGUGAUGAUGAUUUCUCAUCAGACUUUGAUGCUAGUGACUUAGAUGAAUUUUAUGAUUAAAUGAUAAGCAAAAG